AAAAUGGUGAAAAUGACAUUAUACGCAGUGAUUAUUUGUAUCUGCACAAUGUUCCAGUUUAUAGGUACAGUUAGCACGCUAAAGUUCUUGCAAAUUCACGUACCGAAGGCAGUACUAACUGGGCAGAACGUAGAACUCAUGUGCACUUACGAGUUAGAAGGCGCGCAGCUUUACUCUAUACGAUGGUAUAGAAAUAUGAUAGAAUUUUAUCGGUACGUGCCCAAGGAGUCGCCUGCGACCAAGGUUUUUCCUGUUGCUGAGAUCAAAGUCGAUGUGGCAAGAUCAGAUCAAAAUCGCGUAGUGCUAACAGAAGUUGACAGAACCUUAACUGGCGAGUACCAGUGUGAAGUUUCGGCUGACGCACCUCUAUUUCAUACAGACAUCAAAGCAUCGGAAAUGGUCGUUGUGGAGCCUCCGUUAAUCGGCCCGAACAUAACAUCGGAUAGGAUGACAUAUGUGGGAGGAGAUCACAUUCAGGCUAACUGCUCAUCACCACCCUCGCUACCCGCAGCUAACAUCACGUGGUACGUGAAUGAGCAAAUGGUGCCGAGUUUCACGGCGAACCACGUGACGAACUUUACUAACGGAUAUGCGUCGAGUUUGUCUACUUUGGAGCUCGAGACAGCUGUGUUAUCUCCUCUUCCUAUGCUUAUGAUACGUUGCGAAGCGUCAAUAUUCGACGUGUGGAAAUCAGCAAGCCACGCUGUUGUCCUGAGGGAACGGAACGCGAACCCGGUUUCAGCGUUGGGACGGAGUUUGACAGGUGGCGCCACAGAAACGUGUAUACCAUGUAUACUUGUUCUAGUUCUGCAGUCGUUUUUACAGUUUUUACUACAAAAUUACACGGAAACAUCAAUAAGAUAGCUUCAAAUUAGUUAUACAUGUAGAAAUCAGGGUUUAAAAUAAUUUGUUUGUUCAUAAUGCUUGUUUUGUAGAUUUGUAAAAAUGUCUAAGUACGUUGAUUAUUAACGAUGUUUUGAUGACAAUAUAAGUUUAUAAACUUAACUGAGAUCUAUUAUUAAAAAUAAAAACAUUUUAAACAAAAUAGACUAAACGCAUGUAACUAAAAUCUUAUUAACACAAUUAAUAAAGCAGUAAGUAAAUGUAACGUGAGUUCAAAACUAUUGGUUUGCCAAUAGUAGCAUAAUAAUAAUAAUUCAGUGGUACUACAACCCUGUGUGGGUGGCCUCAGAGAACUCUUAAUCAUAUUUAUUUUAUAGACAGCCUUAUAUCAAACAUAAUAAGUCAACACUUUUUGGAUCUGAGAUAUGCAGCCAGUUUCCUCACAAUGUUUUCCUUCACCGUACAACUGAAGGUUCGAUGUGUACACACACAGCAAGUCCAUUGGUGAACGGCCGGAGUUCAGAAUCUCUGGGAUGACAGUUACACCGUGAAACCAACUAAGCCAACACUACAUUUUGGCAUAUUACAUAUUAAUUUAUAAGCUUUAUGACAUAUAAUGACAAAGGCAGCUGACAGGAACGCCAUUGAUCUGACACACAUA